UCUGCAGCUUCCUCCCCCUUGUCUACUGACACAGGGUGAAGGCUGGGGUGGCGGGUGACCAGAGUUGAAGGAAGGUUGCCUGGGGAUCUAAGGUGGGUGAUGAGAAGGCAAGCUAAGGAGAAGGUUUGCUGGGGGAGAAGGACAGCUCUGGGAGCAGCUCUUGUAACCUUCUGCCCCAGGCCCGCAGCACCAUGACGGUUUCAUACACCCUCAAAGUAGCGGAGGCCCGCUUCGGAGGCUUCUCUGGCCUGCUUCUCCGUUGGAGGGGAAGCAUCUACAAGCUCCUCUACAAGGAGUUCCUCGUAUUCAUCGCCCUGUAUGCUCUGCUCAGCAUCACCUACCGGCUGUUGCUGACCCAGGAACAGAGGCUUGUGUAUGCUCAGGUGGCCCGAUACUGCAACCGCUCUGCAGAACUCAUCCCCUUGUCCUUUGUACUAGGUUUCUACGUGACCUUGGUGGUGAACCGCUGGUGGGCCCAGUACACAAGCAUCCCACUGCCGGACCAGCUGAUGUGCGUCAUCUCGGCCAGCGUGCACGGCGUGGACCAGCGCGGCCGCCUGCUGCGCCGCACCCUUAUCCGCUAUGCCAACCUCGCGUCGGUACUGGUGCUGCGCUCGGUCAGCACCCGCGUGCUCAAGCGCUUCCCCACCAUGGAGCACGUGGUGGACGCAGGUUUCAUGUCCCAGGAAGAGAGGAAAAAGUUUGAGAGCCUGAAAUCUGACUUCAAUAAGUACUGGAUCCCCUGCGUCUGGUUCACCAACCUGGCGGCCCAGGCCCGGAGGGAUGGGCGAAUCCGUGAUGACAUUGCUCUCUGCCUGCUCCUGGAAGAGCUGAACAAGUACCGGGCCAAGUGCAGCAUGCUGUUCCACUAUGACUGGAUCAGCAUCCCCCUCGUCUACACCCAAGUGGUGACCAUAGCAGUAUACUCCUUCUUUGCCCUCUCCCUGGUUGGCCGCCAGUUCGUGGAGUCAGAGGCAGGGGCUGCGAAACCUCAGAAGCUUCUGGAGCCAGGGCCAGCCCUGGGGGACCUGGACAUGUACGUGCCUCUCACCACUCUGCUGCAGUUCUUCUUCUAUGCUGGCUGGCUCAAGGUGGCAGAACAGAUCAUCAAUCCCUUUGGUGAGGAUGAUGACGACUUUGAAACCAACAAGCUUAUAGACCGCAACUUGCAGGUGAUUAGGGGUCUGGUGGCAGCUCACUGGCAGUCUGGCUCUCCCUCCCUGCCAGCUCUCAGCCCAGGUAUGCAGGAGAGGGGGAUCCUUGUGACCCGCUGCCCGCCCCAGGUGUCCCUGCUCUCCGUGGAUGACAUGUACCAGAACCUGCCACCUGCGGAGAAGGACCCAUAUUGGGAUGAAGACUCGGCGCAGCCGCCCUACACUGUGGCCACUGUGGCCGAGUCACUGCGGCCUUCCUUCCUGGGUUCCACCUUCAACCUGCGCAUUAGCGACGACCCUGAGCAGAGCCUGCAGGUGGAGACGUCCCCUGGGCCAGCCCGGCCGGUGACUGCCGCGCAGACCCCGCUGCUCAGCCGCUUCCUGGGCGUAGGAGCGCCCUCGCCAGCCAUCAGCCUCCGGAACUUCGGCCGCAUCCGAGGAGCCCCCCGGACCCCUCACCUGCUGCGCUUCCGGGCCGAGGAGGGCGGCGACCUCGAAGCCGCGGACCGCAUCGAGGAGGAGGCGUCGGGGUCAGGGGACGAGGCUCAGGAGCCCUAAGCAGAGGCAGCGAGGCCGGGCCAUCUGGCUGCCUCCCCUAGGCCCUCCGGAGCUAUUAGAGCAGCACUUCCAUGCACCCUAAGCCGGAGCACUUAGGGACGACCCUUGAAAGGGCAGAAGAGCCUGAACCAGAGUUAGGAAUGCAUCCAUUUUGGCUUGGGGGAGGUGAAGCUAGGAUACAAGAGGCGAGGUACAGAGGACUAGAGCCAAGGGGCACAAUUAAUUUCCUCCGCAAUGCGGGGCUAGGCCGGUUCUUGAGGGAGCAUCAGUAUCACUGAAGGGCUGGUUAAAGUUUUGGGUACGACUCCCAGCGUUUGAUUCAUUAAAUCUGGGAUGGGGUCAAGAAUUUGCAUUUCUAAUAAGUUCCCAGGGAAUGCUGCUGCUGCUGCCCCAGGGAUCACAAUUUGAGUCAUACAUAAAAAGAUGCUUAGGAUAUUCCUUAUUGUGAUAACCUCACUCUGAUGAGGGGUCAAAGUGUGUGCUGGGGUACUUUUGCUUCAUCUGUCAUAUUCAAUUUUGUUUACAAUGAAAAUAUAUUUAUUACUGUGCAAUUAAAAUUGCUUAAAACUGAAUUGGCAUGCUCUGCCAAUGGACUGAAGAUGAGGGUUUGAGAGUCUGCCCUGAAGCUGAUUCAACUGAGACGUGAGGGUAGUCAUACACCACCCAGCCUAGACUUCCAGCAUCUGAACCAAGCCCUUCUCUGCUCCCACCAACCAAACAGGGAAAAAGGACAGUUUAAGGGGUGAAAGCUGCAGGUCCAUCCAUCUCUGCGGUCGGACCGCAGCACUCAGCUGAUGGUAGUAAGACGGGGCAUUGUGGAAAACAGCCCCACAGAGCACUAUGUUAGAGUUGCUGCUAAACUGA